AUGUUUUGCAAAAACACAAGAGACGCUGAAACAAAGAGAAAGAAAAGGUCAGUCUCGCUUCUGUAUUUUUUUCCUCCCCCCAAAUUUCAAAUCAAAUACCAUAUCUAUCUAUCUAUCUAUCUAUCUAUCUAUCUAUCUAUCUAUCUCAUUCUGUUUAUUCUUAUCUAUCUAUCUAUCUAUCUAUCUAUCUAUCUAUCUAUCUAUCUAUCUAUCUAUCUAUCUAUCUCAUUCUGUUUAUUCCUAUCUAUCUACCUAUUUAUCUCGAGCAGUUCAUAUCUACUUCAUUCUGUUUAUUCUUAUCUAUCUAUCUAUCUAUCUAUCUAUCUAUCUAUCUAUCUAUCUAUCUAUGUUAAUCUUUCCCUUUGUGCCAAUCUGCAUCUAUCUAUCUAUCUAUCUAUCUAUCUAUCUAUCUAUCUAUCUGAUACAAUUCAUAUCUAUCUAUCUAUCUAUCUAUCUAUCUAUCUAUCUAUCUAUCUAUCUAUCUAUACUACUAAUAAAUAUAUAUUUUCUAGGACAAUUCUGGAGAUUCUAACGAUUGCAUUGGACAUAAAACUCUACCUCCUCCCCCAUAGGGACGAAACUCGGGAAGAUAAGGUUAAACAUGUUAUUUACUCUAUCUAUCUCUCUAUCUAUAUAUCUAUCUAUCUACACACACUCACCAUAUCUUUCCUUUUUCUUUCCUUUCAUGCUUUUUUAAUUAUUUGUCUUUCCUUCUUUCGACCUCUCAACUCCCGUUCUCUCUCUUUCUCUUUCUCUCUCUCUUUCUCUCUCUCUCUCUCUCUCUCUCUCUCUCUCCCCUUCCGUCUGUUCUGUUUGCUCACAACCAGAAAAAUGUGGAUAAUAUCUAUCUAUCUAUCUAUCUAUCUAUCUAUCUAUAUAUUAAUAUUUAUCUCUAUUUGA